AGACCCCCUGCAGCCGCUGUGCGCUUGUGCGAGGGCUGACAGCGCUGAAGGCGGAGUCCGCCUGGGAAAAAGAAACCGAGAGUCGAUGGCCGGGAAGCGGGCCGGCUGCGCCUGACUGCGGCGGCGCGGGGCAGCGCGCCGGCGGGCAAACCGAGGUCCAGUCGGGACGCGGGUACGAGCCCGGACCCGGAGAGGCGGGAGUCCUGCAGCCUACGUGCGGGGACCCCACCCGGAUCUGGAGAAAGGAUCGUGGGACGCAGCGGGACCCAGAGGCCGUUUCCUUCCCGCGAAGAAUAUCAGAGAAGGUUACUGGGAGAAGAAAUGGCAAACAUUAUCUCACGAGGUUUCUUCAUAGAAGAACUUAAUAAGUACCGUCAGAAGUAUCAAGUAGUUCUUAAGUACCAAGAACUGGCUACAACAGGACCUCCCCAUGAUUUAAGGUUUACGUUUCAAGUUAUAAUAGAUGAGAGAAAAUUUCCAGAAGCUGAAGGCAAAUCAAAGCAGGAAGCAAAAAAUGCUGCAGCCAAAAUAGCUGUUGAUAUACUUAAUAAAGAAAACAAGACAGUUAGUCCUUUAUCCUUGGCGACAACAGAUACUUCAGAAGGAUCACCCCCUGGGAAUUAUAUAGGACUUGUCAAUAGGAUUUCCCAGAAGGAAAGACUAAAUGUAAAUUAUGAAGAAUGUGAAUUGGGGGAGCAGGAUCCCAAAAAAUUUAAGUAUAAAUGCAAAAUUGGGAAGAAAGUAUAUGGUAUCGGUAUAGGUUCCACUAAGCAAGAAGCAAAACAAUUGGCUGCUAAAUGUGCACUUCAGAAACUAUCAGAAGAAAGCCCAAUGAAAACUGACCUAGUACCCUCUGCCGCUUUUGUCAGUCCUGGUAAUGUCAAUAACUGCGGAAGCACAGGAAGCACAAUGAGUUCAUCUUUGUCUGAGCCACUCUCUGAAAAGGACUCCUCAUCAGAUGACUGGACAAAUGUUCAGAGCAGUGAGAAUUUAGACAGUUCUGGAUCUUCUUCUAUGAAUGGUCUCAGUAGUAAUAAAAAGAAGAAAAAAAUAAGUUUGGCAGCUAAAUUUGACUCUUAUAACGUAGAAGAAAACCAGUAUACUGUGGACCACAGGUUUGCCAAGGAUUUUAAAGAUAUAGAACCAAUUGGCAAAGGUGGAUUUGGCCAAGUUUUCAAAGCAAAACACAAAAUAGAUGGAAAUACUUACGUUGUUAAACGUGUCAUGUAUAAUAACAAGAAGGUAGAGCGUGAAGUACAAGCACUGGCCACAUUUAAACAUCCCAACAUUGUUCAUUACUGCAGUUGUUGGGAAGGAGAUGAUUUUUAUGAGGAUCCUGAAAGCAGCGCAAGAAUAAAGACCAAGUGCCUUUUUAUCCAAAUGGAAUUGUGUGAUAAAGGGACAUUGAAUGAAUGGAUUGAAAAUAGAAGACAAAAAGUACCAGACAAAGCUUUGGCUUUGGAAUUAUUUGAACAGAUAGCAGAAGGAGUGCAUUAUAUACAUUCAAAAGAUUUAAUUCAUAGAGACCUCAAACCAAGUAAUAUAUUUUUAGUAGGUGAAAAACAAAUAAAGAUUGGAGACUUUGGACUUGUAACAACCCUGAAGAAUGAUGAACUGCGAACAAGAGAAAAGGGAACUCGGCGAUAUAUGAGCCCAGAACAGAUUUCUUCAGAAGAAUACGGAAAGGAAGUAGACAUCUUUGCUUUGGGGCUAAUUCUUGCUGAACUUCUUUACAUAUGUCCCACAGUUUCAGAAACACUCAAGACCCAAACCAUUGACCUUUGGAAGGUGUUUACAUCUCAUGAGACUCAAACUGGAGCCAGUCAGCAAAAUUUCAUCAGUGCCUUCUUGAAGGCAGACACUGUGCUAAGUGUCAUGAGGGUUAUAAAAAUGAGCAAGCCUAUUCUCUGGAAGUUAAUUUCCUAAGAAGAAAGAGAAUGCAAGAGAACAAUGUAGGUGUUUUAGGAGAAGUCUGUGGAAACAACUAGGAGGGAGAUCUUUCUCUAUCGGUAGCAGUUAAGAUUUCAUUGGAGGUAUGUAAGCUGGACCCAGAAGGGUUGGUUGUUUCUAAUAGUCUAAAAUAGAAAGUAGGCAGUCCCAGCAUGGAGAUAGAAAUGUGCAGUGUAUUUGAGAACAGCAGGCAGUGCAGUUUUACUGGAGUAUGUAAGCAACAAGGAGUUGUGGUUGAUGGGGCUGGAAAGACAAGUGGUGACUAAAUCAAUGAAAGAAUAUGGACUUUCUUGUGUGGACAGCGGGGAAUCACUGAAGUGAGCAGUAGACAACUGCAUAUCCUAGUCUCAAGCUCAGGAAUGGGACUUGCCUUGCAGCCACAGCCUUCUCCUCUGUAAAAAGGGACAUUGAAAGUACCUGUCACAUAGAGUUCCAGCAAGGAUGAAGGGAGGCGUGAAUGUCAUGCACCUAAUGCUUCCAAACAUAGAAUGCUAAGGAUGGUUACUAGAUUGGGGUAGGGUAUGGGGAAGAGAGUUCUAUUUGCUUCCUGGCUAAAGAGACUUUUCCAAAGAUCUGGAACUAUCCUGGAUUUAGGGUAAUCUCUGCUUUUAGUGCAUCCUGUUUAUUUUUCCUCCCAAGAAAAUGAUUUCCUAAUAAGUAAAUAUAUAUACAUAUAUAUGUAUAUAUGUAUUUAUGUUUUA